UAUGUAGAAAAUAGACAUCACACACAUACCACUAUGGUUUAUGAAAAAUGCGUAAGAAUUAGGAUCAGGGAUUUACAUUAAACUGUUUCCCACCUAGCUAGGAUUGCUCUAUUCUAAUUAUAGUCACCUCAUCUCGUGGCUCUCCGGAAAUUAAUCCAAAUUUGAUUUCAAAUUAACAGAAAACAUGGCAACCAUUAAAUGCAGCUGUCUAUAUUUCAUUCUCCAUUCACUCAUUCAUUUUCUUUUCCUUCAAUCUGUUUUUACAUUUUUUGCAUUGGUUAUCAUGAUAAGUCGUGUCUAGAAUCAAGAAAAGGGGUGGUAGAGAAAUAGCGGGUGGAGAAAACUGCUAUAGUUAGAUUUAUAAUUUUCCUUGUCAUUUAUGGUAAUCAAUGGCAAGCAUUAACCUCUCAUCCAUUCAUUCAUAAAACAAACUCAACAGAUUACUGCCCUCAAACCAACCCUACUAUUUUCUGCUUCAAACAUGCACCACAAUUCAUUGAAACAACAUUAAGUUAUUCAUUUUCUCCUAUACUUUUUGCUGACAUUCUUUAACAUCUCUUUUUGAUUGAAGGGUUCUCUUUUGUUUCCCUUCUUUCUGUUCUCUCUCAUUGAACAAAUAGUACUUUAAAAAAAAUCAAGAAGAGGGAACCCAACAAACAUAUCUUCAAGGCCAACAUUUCAACACCCAAUUACUUGUUCCUUUGUUUUUUUAUAAAACAAAGGUGACAGUGUGACAAUCUAAGUUGGUUUAAUCAACGAUGGUUCGAGCUUUUCAUCGCCAAAUUAGCAUGCAGAAGUCUAAGUCUUUUCAUUUCAGGAAGAUGUUUGAGAUCCCAGGGAAACAUAUCCACGGUUUAUUUGAUAAAGAUCAUGAUGAAGCAGGUGAAAGUGAUAGUAAGAUUUACUCAAAAAGCUUUGAGUCUAGAAGCUCACUUGAUCAGCAAUUUGAAAUUCAGCUCAAUAGUGAUCAUAGUCCAGCAGCAAGCUUGGGUAUUGAAGCACCUAGAAUGCCUCCCAAGCCACCAACUGAAGCUGACUUGAUGAAGGAAAGGUUUGCUAAGCUGCUUUUAGGAGAAGACAUGUCUGGUGCAGGGAAUGGUGUUUCUUCAGCAUUGGCUUUGUCAAAUGCCAUAACAAACCUGGCUGCAUCUGUUUUCGGAGAACAAUCAAAGCUGGAGCCAAUGUCCUCAGAAAGAAAGGCCAGGUGGAGAAAAGAAAUUGAGUGGCUUCUAUCUGUAACUGAUUAUAUUGUUGAAUUUGCUCCAUCACAACAGAUAGCUAAGGAUGGAACAAGCAUGGAGAUCAUGACUACACGGCAACGAACUGAUCUGCUCAUGAACAUCCCCGCCUUGCGAAAGCUUGAUGCAAUGCUCAUUGACACGUUAGACAACUUUAGAGAUCAAAAUGAGUUCUGGUAUGUCUCUAAAAAUGAUGAGAAUUCUGAGGAUAACACUAACAGCCAAAGGAAGAGUGACAAAUGGUGGCUACCAACAGUUAAAGUUCCCCCAACAGGGAUGUCAGAACCGGCCGGAAAAUGGAUACAGUUCCAGAAGGACAAUGUCAACCAAGUGCUUAAAGCAGCCAUGGCAAUAAAUGCUCAAAUACUAUCAGAAAUGGAGAUCCCUGAAAAUUACAUUGAAUCUCUCCCCAAGAAUGGUAGAGAAAGCCUUGGUGAAUCAGUCUAUAAGAGCAUUACAGUGGAAUACUUUGAUCCUGGGCAAUUUCUCUCAACAAUGGACAUGUCCACAGAGCAUAAGGUGCUUGACCUCAAGAAUAGGAUUGAAGCUUCCAUAGUGAUAUGGAGAAGGAAGAUGACCAAUAAGGAUAGUAAGUCUGCGUGGAGUUCGGCAGUGAGCAUUGAGAAGAGGGAACUCUUUGAGGAGAGAGCUGAGACAAUAUUGCUGAUGCUCAAACAUCAGUUCCCAGGACUUCCACAAUCUUCACUUGACAUUAGCAAAAUCCAAUACAACAAGGAUGUUGGACAAGCUAUUCUAGAGAGCUACUCAAGAGUAAUAGAAAGCCUGGCUUACACAGUUAUGUCAAGGAUUGAUGAUGUCUUGUACGCUGAUUCGGUGACAAAGAACCCUUCAUUGGCAGUGAGCAGCAGAAGAUAUUCAUUGGAUUCUUCACCGGCGGCAACUGAGCAGACGUCCCCAAACUCUGAGGAUGAGAAUAGCUACUUACAAUCUUCAGAGACACCUCCUUCAAUGACUCUCUCAGAUUUCAUGGGUUGGAGUUCUACCAAGGGGGGGAGUGACAUAAAGAAUACUAAUUCCACAAGAGACAUAGAAGAUACUAAUUCCACAGGAGACAUAGAAGAGUACGUGAAAGAAAAAGAUGAAAAGAGUAUAACUAAAUCUCCAAAACUUACAACCCCAUCGAAAUCUUACUAUUUGGAGAAGCUUGAGUACUUGAAUGCUUUAAAAAGUCCCAUAGCUCGACAUUAAUAUCGAUAACAAAAUAGGGAAGGAGAAAAAGAUUGGAGCACAUAAAAAAGGAAGUUACAAUGCACAUGUAAACACCCAUUGAGGCAUUGGUUAUGUUGGAGAGGACCCUACUUGAUUAGAAACUCUUCUGUUCCGAUCCCUUCCUUCCAUGGAAAGGGAAGUUUGUAUAUAAUUAUGUAUUGGGUCUUAUGCUUCUUACUGAAACCACCUUGUACAUUAUGUCAUACAGACUUAGAUUGUGUAAUUGCUGGACUGAUUGUAAAUUCUUUAUUUCUUCACUUCAAAUUUCAAAAUAGUGGAAGAUUGA